AACCAUAACGUGGUUAUUGGCCAAGCCCAUAAAAUCCUAAGGCCCAAUUCCAAAUAUUAAAGGGGUCACGUGGAAACCACGUGGACUAUGCAUCUCCCAAAACGCCAAAAAUUCCGCCAUUUCAUCCUCGCCAUUUUUUCCGUCACAACGUCAGUUAUUGGCCACGUCGAACAUUCGCCGUUCAACGAAUUUGCAGGAAUAGAUUCGCUAAUCAAUCAAAUUGGAAACACCUAUGACUCGAUUUUUCAAUACUACUGUUAAAAAGGUCGGAGGUUUCAGAGGUUAUGCUGUUAGUACGGAGAUUGGGAGUGGAUCUAAUGCUCAAACCCUAAAAAUUCAAGGGGUUAAAGAUAUUAUAGCUGUUGCAUCUGGCAAAGGUGGUGUGGGCAAGUCGACUACUGCGGUUAACUUGGCUGUUUCACUAGCCAAUAAGUGUCAACUUAAUGUCGGAUUGCUAGAUGCGGAUGUAUAUGGACCAUCAAUCCCUAUGAUGAUGAAGCUACAUGGGAAGCCUGAAGUAAGUAAAGGCAAUAAAAUGAUUCCAAUUGAAAACCAUGGAGUCAAGUGCAUAUCAAUGGGAUCUCUUGUUGAGAAAGAUGCUCCAAUCGUAUGGAGGGGUCCUAUGGUAAUGAAAGCUCUUGAACAAAUGACAAGAGGAGUUGAGUGGGGCCAGCUAGAUAUUCUUGUCGUUGAUAUGCCACCUGGCACUGGAGAUGCUCAAAUCUCUAUGUCACAGAGGCUGCAAUUAUCAGGAGCAUUGAUUGUAUCAACUCCUCAAGAUGUUGCAUUAAUGGAUGCUCGAAGAGGAGUCAAAAUGUUCUCCAAAGUCUCGGUUCCUAUAUUGGGGAUCAUAGAGAACAUGAGCUACUUCAAAUGUCCACACUGUAGCAAACCUUCUUACAUUUUUGGGAAAGGCGGAGCACGCAAAACGGCCGAAGAGAUGGGACUGGGAUUUGUUGGUGAAAUACCAUUGGAAGAGGAGAUCAGAAUUGGCUCCGACGAAGGUAUCCCGGUCGUUAUAUCUCAUCCGAAUUCGGCUGUUUCAGAAGCAUUUGGUGAUGUAGCUCACAAGAUUAUCAGUAGACUCCAUGAAUUAGCCGGUGAUCAACAUUUUAGACCAGAAAUAACCCUAUAAAAUCACCAUUAUAGUGACGAUCAAAAUCUCUGUGGAGUUCCUUUAUUUGUUACAUGAUUUUGGUUUUGUUCAGUGAGAAUGUAAACAAUUAGUGUUA